AUGGGAAUAGCUGAUGAAGCCGACCGCACGCUUUUCGUUGGAAAUUUAGACCCUCAAGUAACGGAAGAACUUUUGUUUGAGCUGUUUUUACAGGCUGGUCCCUUGGUUAAAGUCAAAAUCCCCAGAGACAAUGACGGCAAAACAAAGCAAUUCGCUUUCGUCAACUUCAAACAUGAUAUAUCGGUGCCUUACGGAAUGAAACUGCUAAACGGAACAAGGUUGUUCGGUCGGCCUCUUAACAUACAGUUCAGGGCAGGCAGUAGUCACAUUAACCAAGAGGGGAACAGUCCAGGCGGUUCUCAGAACCCUAGUCCAACAAACACGCCCACUCAACGGGGUGGAAGACAUGACAGGACACCGGACCAGAUGUGCUCUCCUUCCUAUUCGCCCCCGCAGUACAUCCAGAGGUCUUUCUCCUCCCCUGAGAGUCUGCAGAGGCAAGCGUUGAUGAACAACAUGUGGCAGAUGCAGAUGCAAAUGCAAAUGCAAAUGCAGAUGCAGCAGCUGAACGGAGCCAUCCAAGCUGGCAUGCAACAGUAUGGUGGCAGAGAAAACAGUGGGAGCCCUGCCCAAAGGAGUCAUCGGCACUCCUACCAGAUGGAUGGCAGCAGCCACCACAGCCGAGGGCAACGCCACAGUAUUGAUGGAAGCAGUGACCGACAUCGCCGUGACAGCCAGCGCUCUGACUUUUAUCACCACGACGACCGUAGCGGAGGCCGUAACAGAGAUUAUGUGGAUCGACGGAGGGACUCAAGAGAAGGAUCCAGAGACGGACGGUGGAAGCGAUAUUAA